AUGGCGGUGUUCAGGCUGAUCACGAAUCAGGGCAGCCAGGUGUCGAUAAGCAUUGUCAUGACGAAGCCCAAGAAAAAUCCUGGAACCGCUGAGGUGGGUUGCGGGAAAAUGGCACAACGAGUGGAAGCAUCAAAGGCAGUGAAGUCUGAGGGACCGGGACCCUUGGGAACGACCCAGUUUCUGAGCUGGGCGAGAAACCCCCCAGUCGAGCAGGCUGAAAGGCGCCUUCUUAGCAGAAUGGCCAACUGCGCCACCCUCACAGGGGCUCGUGUCUCAUGCUUUUGUCGUGACUUUGAGGUGGCAACCGCCGCCCCCAUGUGUCUUUGCCGUAGCCCCGGAUCAAGUCUCGCAACGUCUUUGACAUCGGGCUGCCACGCAGCUCGUCUCCCAUUUUGGGAAAUUGAGAAUGUUGGUGAGCAAUGCAGGCACGCUGCAGUUGCGAUUGCCCGUACCAGGAUUUCUUUGAUUAUCCUGCGUUGGAGCUUUUACGGCACCGGAACUCGUAACCGCGUCCUGGAGUGA